CGUUGACAGAACCAGCAGAUUCCGAUAUUUGUGAUAUUUUUCCGCAGGACGUCCAAAAUCGGCUAAAUUUGUGCAAAUUUUUGCAAACCUCACACACCUAACUCGUCCAAAGAUGGAGGAAGAUUUUGAACCGUGCGAGCCGACGCUGCAAAAUGUAAUCGAUCAGACCUCGCUGAAGUGGGUAUUUGUCGGUGGCAAAGGUGGUGUGGGCAAGACGACCUGCAGCUGUAGUCUGGCGAUACAGCUGGCACAAAAGCGCGAAUCGGUGCUAAUUAUCUCGACCGAUCCGGCCCACAACAUAUCCGAUGCGUUCGAUCAGAAAUUCACAAAGGUCCCGACGAAAGUGAACGGGUUCGAGAAUUUGUUUGCGAUGGAAAUCGACCCAAACGUCGGUUUGAGCGAGCUGCCAGAUGAGUACUUCGACGGAGAAGGGUCCGCGCUGAACGUCGGCAAAGGGGUGCUACAGGAGGUGAUCGGCACAUUGCCCGGUAUCGACGAGGCCAUGAGCUAUGCGGAAGUCAUGAAACUUGUGAAAGCGAUGAACUUCUCGGUGGUUGUCUUUGACACGGCCCCAACGGGACACACACUCCGUCUGCUUUCCUUUCCACAGGUCGUCGAGAAGGGUUUGGGCAAGCUUUUGCGUUUGAAGAUGAAGCUGGCCCCAAUCAUUUCGCAAAUGGGAGCCCUGUUCGGACUGCAGGACUUCAACGGUGAUACCAUUGCAAACAAGCUGGAAGAGAUGCUCAGUAUCAUACAGCAAGUGAACGAGCAGUUCCAUAAUCCUCAACAAACCACGUUCGUGUGCGUCUGCAUAGCCGAGUUCCUAUCGCUUUACGAAACCGAACGGCUCGUCCAGGAGCUGACCAAGUGCGGUAUCGAUACGCACAACAUCAUCGUCAACCAGUUGCUGUUCCAGAAGAAAGGCCAACAGCCGUGCAGCAUGUGCUCGGCUCGGUGCAAGGUGCAGGAAAAGUAUCUCGAUCAAAUUGCCGACCUAUACGAAGAUUUCCACGUCGUUCGGUUACCGCUGCUGGACGAGGAAGUGCGCGGGGUGGAGAAGGUGAAAAAGUUUUCCCGAAACCUCCUCGUUCCCUACUCGCCCGAUGCCCCAACACCGGAGUAGGAUAUCAAUUUGUUGCAUCGAAGACAGGUAUUCCGUGGCAAAGCAUCCAAUGCUGGCGUUCAAUCAAUUCUGGAGACAGUGUAUAGGCGGGUUUGUAUUGUCGGGUUGAUAAAAUAGCACAUUUACCGGGUACAUCAUUUUUGUAAAUGAGCAACGAUUAGUUUUAUUUUACUUCUGGGCUUAUGCCGCGCACCGUUUGUGUGUUUCCUUGGGUGAUCUGCGAUCGGUAAUCCUCAAUUUUUGCAAUUUGUAUUGUUUCUUUCUUUAAAUAAUAAAUGCCCCAAUAAAAAGACUUCUAAA